AUGAUAGUAGAAAAAGUUCGAAACUUUCUCAAUCCUUUUUUGUUUUGUAGUCUUGAUAAAGCAGUGGAGUUAGAUUAUCAAUGGAUCGAAUUCGAUGAUGUUCGUUACCAUGUUCAGGUGACAAUGAAGAAUCCAAAUCUCUUGUUGCUUUCGGUUUCGUUACCAAAUCCACCACCUGAAGCAAUGUCCUUUGAUGGACUUCCAUUAGGAGCUAUAGAAGCUAUUAAAACCACUUAUGGAACCGGCUUUCAAAUCCUUGAUCCUCCUAGAGAUGGUUUUAGUUUAACCUUGAAGCUCAAUUUCUCUAAAGUUCGUCCCGAUGAAGCGUUCAGGAACUCGUUGUUGAUGAAGCUAGCUUCUAUUAGAGAAGUGGUGAUGGGUGCGCCGUUAAAAAUCAUUUUCAAGCAUUUAGCUUCGAGGACGGUUGCUCCUGAGCUGGACAGGCUUGUAGCGAUUAUGCAUAGACCUAAUGAGACAUUUUUCCUCGUACCUCAGGCGGAUAAAGUCACCGUGGCUUUUCCUAUGAGAUUUAAAGACUCUGUCGACACAGUACUAGCGACUUCUUUCUUAAAGGAAUUUGUAGAGGCGAGGCGUGCUGCUGCGCUUAAUAAUGCUCCUUCUUGUUCGUGGUCUCCAACCGCACCACAGGAAUUGGAAGGAGCUCCUAAAGAAACACUAUCUGCUAAUGCCGGUUUUGUAACUUUUGUCAUUCUUCCUCGGCAUGUGGAAGGGCAAAAGCUCGAUCGUACUGUCUGGAAUUUGUCAACUUUUCAUGCUUAUGUUAGUUACCACGUCAAGUGCUCAGAAGGAUUUAUGCACACAAGGAUGCGGCGUCGUGUGGAAUCUAUGAUUCAGGCUCUGGAUCAAGCUAAGCCAUUGGAGAAAACAAGAUCGAUGAACAACAAGUCAUUUAAACGGCUAGGACUCAAUGAUGUGAAUCACACCAACUCGAAGUAG